CAGAAAAAUUCCUAAGGUAUCCAGCACUCGAUCAAGAAAAUCCGGAGAAAUGUGUGUGUGCUACCAGAUCUGUCAGACGCAUCUGUGAAUUUCAACAAUAAUUUCUAACACUUCCUUUCUCCAGUGUAAAUAAAAACUUUGUUAUUGUAAAGAACCUUUGAAGAGUGGACAGCGACUGGAGAAUGCAUCCGGGAAUCAAAGUCGAUACGGUGGAUGCAGCCAGUGAGACGAUGGAGGAGGAACAGGAGAAAUGUCAGGUCAACCCAUCAAUCGUAGUGAGAGUACCAGUAAAACACACAAAUCUGGGGAUCAGAAGUCCUGCGAUGGAUAUGAGUACAAUGGUCGAGCUGGCGUCUUUCAGCACCAUUGGCAAGAUCCAGCCUUUUCUGGUGACAAUAUCAACGACAGCAGCUCUGCUUGUCGAUCUCCACUGCCACCUCACAGACAAAGAAGUCUGUGGGUACUUGGGUGGUCAUUGGGACAUAAACUCCCACAAUUUAUCCAUAACAAAUGCAUAUCCCUGUCGCUACGCCGGUAAAGACAAGACAGCUGCCAGUAUGGUAGAGGCGGAGAUUGCGAAAGCCAUGGAGUGGCACAGAGUUACUUUGGUUGGAUGGUAUCACUCUCAUCCAAGGUCUCAUGCAGCUCCGUCUCUGAGGGACGUUGAUUACCAGCUUGAUUAUCAGAUUAAGAUGAAGGGACCCAGUGACAAUGGUUACACACCCUGUGUCGGGCUAAUUUGCUCGCCUUACAACGCCGACGGGAACUGCUACGAAUCCAACUUCAACGUGUUCUGGUCACUGCCACCUCCGGAGAACCGUCCUCACGAAUACCCCCGACCAAUGCUCCUCUCCUACACGAUAACCCAAGAGCCCUUCCUGCCACAAGACGCCCUCGACGAGAUAAAGAAAUGCAUCGAAUACUACAAGUCCGAGGGCGGUAUAGACUUCAAAUCAAAAUUCAACCCGACCACGACGUACCUCGACCGCCUCCGUACAUCCCUCGCCUCAAAGUUGCCGGGACGUAACCGCGGUACUGGUAGUGGCUACUGGGAGGUCAUCAAAGAGAUGAUCUGCCCUGGUAUGAAGGAUGACUCCCCCGAGGCCUUCGUCUCAGUCCCCUACCCUCCCCUCCCCCUCGCGGAGCCCCUGGCCCAGACUCCAGGUACUCUGGCCUCCACCAAUGUGUUCCUAGCCCCCGUGAACUUCAAGCCUGACACCACCAUCACCAGUUCUGUGACCAAACAAUUUGCUCUGCACCCCCCGACCUCCAGCCGUGAGAAGGAAAAGGACGACCUCAAAGACAGAUCAUUCAAAUCCGACAGGGACAUUCACCCCACCUUCAGAUCCGGUGAACUGACAGUUUCAGUGAAAAAUUCAAAAUUAGAUUUUGAUCCACCGCCAGUUGAUUUUACAAAACUAGCUCCUCUAUCACUGGAAACCCUCAACAAAAUGCGAGCCAAUCUUCCCCCGGAUUUUCCCCUUCCUGAUAUAUCCCAGCAGAUUAUCCCGGAUCUCAGUAAACUGGCGAGUUUUACACCAGCCGACCUCGCUAAAUUAUCUGGAUUCUCAUUGAGUGAGUUGACAAAGAGCCCAGCAUCAUCGGUUUACGCGAGGAAUAUCGCAAACCUGUUUGGACCGCUUGCCAAGGGUGUGCCUCUGACUCCUAGCCAGCUCAAGGACCUCGCCAGCGAGAGGAAGGGGGAUUUUGGGGGCGAGAGUAUGGCUGGGGGGUAUGGAGAGGAAUUGAUGGCCGAUAGGAUGAAAGGGGUGGAGGAGGUGAGCAAGAGCAGGCCCACGGACUUCACCACUGCGGAGGAACUGUCGAUAUCCAGUGUGAGGCCGGAUUUUGGUGCUAUGCUGGACAUGUCGGGGGUGCAUGGCAAGAAGGAGACUGGAGAGUCACUGAAUCUCUCGAUGGAUCGACAGUGAUAGGAUCCUCAGGGGGUGCAGCAAGAUGUGACGAGAACGGUGGUUGCGGUCUAAUAAAGGUCUUUAUUGGAAUGACUUGUGGUUGUUGUCCUAACCAUUUUACACUUCGAGGGGCUGCAGAUGAUAUUCACUUAUGGAUUUCGGUUACUAAAACUUAGAGGAAGCCCCAUUCCUGACUAACAAUCUACAAAAAAUCCACGAAGUCAUUUAUCAGAGAAACUAUUGAAAUUAACCUUCAAUAUGAGAACAUUCCUCAAAGAUCUUGGUAGACGUGAAGGGAUUGCUCAAGGCCUCAUCGGCUCCCAGGUUUCCCGACAUCCGAGGAAUUUCGCCUCCCACCAUGUUUGGUCAUAAUGCUCAAUAUGCUAACAAUUCACAACGUAAAACAGGAGUCUGUAAUUAGAAACCCAAGGGAAAGUCCUUGAGUCUCGCCAAGGAUCGGAGAAGCAUCCUAGCGUUUGCAACUUCCCCUCACCCUUGAACAAGGAUUUUCAAGCUCUGAGGUAUCAAAGAUCUCUAAAAGUCAGGGUGUCUCGAAUGAUCGGUCAUAAAUGUCACUCUACCCUUUCUCUCCGCGAGGAGUAAUAUUAAUACAGGAACUGCGGGUCGUGUGUCCUUUCUCCAGAAUGUAGGACCUUGAGGUGUUCACCACACGCCGAAAAGUUUGUUUUCGACUGUGGGGAAUAGAGAAUGAGAAGCCCAGUGGAAGUUUAAUGAAAAUAUCAUUUGGAAUCCAGUUAUUUCCUAAGAAGAUUGAUGUUGACAUCUAUAUCACAUCAAUUUUAUUAGCUGUAAAAAAUGCGAAAGCUUUUUUUCGUCAAAUAAAGUGCAACUCGGCA